AUGGACGCGCAGCAUGUCGUCUUCUGUCUCGAGGAUACCGUGGGCCUCGCAGACGACCGCUACAGCGUCGGCAUCAUAGAGCGAUGCUUUGGCGACGUCGAAUCCCAUGAGCCCCGUCCGCAGCGCGACUACGUCGACGACAUUCAGCGCCACCCUGAUAUCCCCGCCGCUCAGUUUGCGACUUUUAUGCGCGAUGGCAUCCCACCGCGGGGUACAGUGCUGGUAGCAUGGCAGACACAGUACAAGACCGAGCUCAUACCAGAAGAAAAGCUGCAACUACUAGACCGCGCCCUAUACGUGGGCGACAUAGUCAAACGUAGGGCUGAGGACCACAUCAGCGGGACCGUCAUAGGCACUCGCGCAACAACCACUCUCUUUCCUGCCACCCAGUUCAACGGCGGCCAAAUCACACAGCCGACGACGGACGAGUUUUCUAUACGCGAGGUCCCCGCAGAGGAGCUGAUCAACGUGCAUGAGUUCGUUGAAGGUGCUCUCGUCGUCUACGGCGACUGGGUGGGACGUGUCGAGAAUGUCUAUGACGACGUGGCAAUCAAGCUGGCCAACAACUCGGUAGUUGUCGUCGAGGAUCCCGCUGAGCUAGAGCAGGAUGAUACCACAGUCGAGCGCCUCAGCGUCGGCGACACAUGCAAAACCAAAAAGGGCAACCUACGGAGGGGGCGUUGGAAAUUUGGGGCAUACGAUCCCAGCGUGGCACCAGUAGGCGUAGUUGUCGAGACUAGGGCAUGCGAGAUCGAUGUGCAGUGGUUGGCGCGAAGUAUUGGCGCCCGUAAUGCCGCCUUCUCUGCCUUGGAGCCUCCCGCCACCCUGGGACGCGACGAGUUCGAGAGCCCCACCUUCUACAAGUACGAUGCAUCCGGUGGCACUGCCACUACCCUUCCACUGUUGGAAAAUGGCGUUGAUAAGUCGUAUCACGUUACAGAUGUGGCCGUCGGCGAUCGCGUCCGCUUCAAGGAUAUCGCCGGAGCCGCAGUCAAGUAUGACGGCUCGAAGAAACUACCCAACGGACUGCCACAAGGCAAGGUGACACGCAUCCCACGCACCGAAUCGCUAGGUUACGAUCUCAACGUUUACCUCGUCAUGCAGACACACAGCCAAGUCACAGUACAAUGGCAAGACUUAUCAGUGACGCACCAUCUCAGCUCUUCGCUGAUACCCGAUCCCAAUGUAGAAGACGAUGACGAAGUCUGGCCUGGCGAAAUUGUCUUCUCAAAAGAGAAAUGCCCAAACUCUGACACCGAUAUCGUGACCAAGAAGCCGAAAAAGGUAGGCAUCGUCCAGACUGUCAAAGCCCGGGAUCGAAUAGCAACUGUGCGAUGGUUUGAAACCCCCAAAGUCGAGUUUUUCGGCCCCAACCUGCUUCCGCCUUGUACAACGGGCGAGCUUAGCGACGCCGUUGAAGACGUCAGUUUGUAUGAUAUCUACUCGUUUCAAGCCCUUACACGCCGCCGUGGCGACUUUGUCAUAGUGAACCCAGAUGCCAUCGGCCAAUCCCAGCUCAAUGUCACUGGCCCCAACUGGUUUGGCGAGGUUAUAGAUCUGGGUUUAGAUGGCAAGUUGACUGUGCGUCUUGGCGCGGCAAAGCCUGUGGUUGAUGUCAAGGUUCCCUACGAAAGUGUCACCCUUGCUUACAGCAGCGACAUGGCUGAUGAUUUCCUUGAACCGAAUCCGUUAGACGGCGACUCCAUUGAUUCGGACACUGAUGACGAGCCCGAUUUUGACUCUGCCUCAUUCAACGAGAUGUGGAUCGAGUAUGAGAGCAUGGAUGGAGAGCACCCCAUCGGUGACGAAGGUGACUGGUCAACCGAGGACGAAGAUGAUGACGACGAUGAUGAUGAUGAAGACGACGAGUCUAUGCCAGAUCUCAUCGAUAUCACAAAAGAAGACGUCGACACAUCAAAAACCACACCCGAGACAAAAUCCCCUCCGACGACUGAAGAACAGCGCGACUCACAACCAACGGCAGACAUUGAAGACUUAUCAAUGCAAGACAGCCCAGAUAUACUCACCCAAGGCCCGGCCCCCUUCCUCAUUCUCGAAGAAGCCCCACCCCCAUCCCACCACUACCUCUCCCACACCUCGGCCUCUUCCUCCACAUUCAUGCGGCGCAUAGCAAAAGAGCACAAAAUCCUCCGCACCUCCCUCCCCCCCGGCAUCUACGUCCGAACCUGGGAAUCGCGCCUCGACCUCCUCCGCGUCCUCAUGAUCGGGCCCAACGACACACCCUACGAAUACGCGCCCUUCGUCAUCGACUUCCACCUCUCUUCCACAUACCCGCAACAAGCGCCCGAAGCCUAUUUCCACAGCUGGACAAACGGAAACGGCCCCGUAAAUCCAAACCUUUACGAAGACGGCAAAAUCUGCCUCAGCCUACUGGGCACCUGGCACACCGACGAAAGAAACGAAAGUUGGAGUCCCGCCAAAAGCACACUCUUACAAGUCCUCGUCUCCAUCAUGGGUCUCGUUCUCGUAAAGGAGCCGUAUUACAACGAAGCUGGCUAUGAUGUUCAUCGUUCGGCACCGGAAACUAAACUCAGCAGCGCUUUAUACACGGAACGAGCGUAUUUCCGUGCUAGGGCGUUCAUAAUUCAUGCACUUACUCAUGAUGUCGCGCCUUUCAACGAGGAACUUACGUAUCUGUAUCGUAGCACGGAAGACGGUGCGCCUAGGUUGCUGGACAAGGCGAUCCAGGCGGCGAAGGAGAUUGUGGAAAGGAGUAGUGAUGUGGGGGAGGAAGGCGAGCGCGAUGGCUUGACCAGGGUUAGCAAGGGUGCGCUGGUUAUUUUGAAGAGGCACUUGAAGGAUUUGGAGGAGAUGCGCGUGGUUGUGGAAGAUCUUUUCCAUCGUAACGCAAAUUCCUGGCUAGAGGGCUAUGCAAGGACGCCUUCGCUACUGUCGCCUACGCUACUGUCGCCUACUGAGAUUCGUCGCGAUCACGGCGACCCGAGCAUUAUUCAAGAUGCGGGGUUGUUUGUUGGGCGUCACUGCGAGUAUGCGAAGCUCGCGUUUAUGGCGGAGGUUGAGUUGCUUAACAGGUGGCGUGACGCCGUUUUGCGAGAGAAUGAGUGUCGCCAUGGGUAUCGAAAGCUUGCGUUUGUUUGGGCGGUGUCGUAUCGUGGUGUCGCGACCAGGCAAGAAUGCAUUCCUAGUUAUCGUUAUUUCCUUUUCGCACUUAGUGCGAAGUGUUACGAUUGCAAGGAGAAGGACAAGCAACAACGGCAGGACAACGUUGAAGGCGGGGCACAGCGGGUAAGCUUGUGCCGCGCAGUCACGUGA